AUGUCAAAUACACAAACAUCUGAUUGCAUUUUCCAACUCCAGCGGCGGACCAAGCAGAAGGUUGUGACUGACUUUGCAACAGUGACUAAAGGAGCAUCUGCAGGAGCCAAAAACAGAGCUGCACUGAGACAAGUCUUGUUCAGCCAAGGAGCAUCUGACAAGAACCCGGCGUCUGAGGAGCGGGGUCAGCUGGAUGUGCUGAAGCAGGAUUUGGAGGCCUACGGUGUGCCAGUCAGUCUAAAGUGGAGGUGGAAGGAGGAAAGUCAGGGAACCACACUGGAGAAAAACUGGACAGAUAUAGUGCACUCUCAUUCAACAAUGUCUAAGAUUCAGAGACACCAACAGGAGGCACUGUGGGAGUUUGUCCACACUGAACUCACCUACAUCAAUAAGCUAAUUAUCAUUAAAGACCUGGUCAUUGCAGCUCUUCUCAACCUGCAUCAGCGUGGAUUUCUUCUGGAGGUGACGCCCGAGCUACUUUUCUCCAACCUCCCCUCUAUCCUCAGUGCACACCAGCUGUUCUGGCAGGAGGUGAUUUAUCCCAUGUUACAAGAAGUCCGGACCACAGGCAUGCCAUUUGACCCCAUGAGGUUAGAGGCUGGUUGCCUGCAGUUCCACAAGCGCUUCUCUUCAUAUCUGCAUUACUGUUGGGAAGAGGAAAACAACCUUGAGUUCACACGCAGACAGAUGGAGAGCAACCCACAUUUCCUCGCUUACGUCCAGUGGGUAGAGACUCACCCUCAGUGUGAGCGGAUGCGGCUCGGGGACAUGCAGGCCAAACCCCAUCAGAGGAUCACAAAAUACCCCCUGCUGCUUAAGGCUGUGCUCAAAACCACCCAGAACCCUCAUGUACAGCACACACUCAGAGGCAUGUUAUCCAGCAUAAACAGUUUUUUGGAGAGUAUCAAUGACUACUUAAGGCUAAAGGAUGAGGAGCUCGCUCUCUCCAUCUCUGCUCAGAGGGUGGAGAGAUACGAGGUGGAGGGAAUAAAUGAAGAAAUUGACAAGCAUGUCCGAGAGAUCUGCCAGUUUGACCUAACAUGCCCCAUCGGAGGGGUUGGUCCUGGAGUUGUGCGUAAGCUGCUGCUAGAGGAGAACUUGAAGAUUCGGGGUAGAAAAGACAGCAAGCUGGAGGUGGUGGCUCUACUUUUCUCAGAUGUGCUUUUAAUGACAAAAGUGCAGAAGAAAGGAGAGCGACUGAAGGUGGUUCGACCCCCUCUGGCCCUGGACAGAGUGUAUUGCAUAGCACUGAAAGACAGCAGUUCAUUUGUUCUUGUGGAGGUAGGCGAGCUUCAGUGCGCUAUGAAUGUCUACAUAUUUGCAGCCAGCACCUCAGAGAGCUGCUCCACAUGGGUCUCCACAAUUCACCAAGCAAAGGAAACACUGAGGAACCUGAGAGAGACGGAGAGCAACAGACAACUGGAGAACUGGAAAAUCCAGCAGCUGGAGGACAGACCAGUUAUAGAGGCCAAGACACUUGAUAUGGAGACAAUAACAUCGUUUCUAACCGGAGAGAACGAGACUUUUGUGGAUGAAUUUACUGACGAACUCAUCAUACCCAAGUCAAUAAAUGGGACGUUGGCAUCUAAAGAAGCAGAGGAACAGUAUCAAUCUCAAGACAAUGUGGGCACUCAUACUGGAUUAGCUUUUUGGCAAUCACAGCCCAACGCCAAUCACCAUAAAGCACUACGUAAGAGCUUUGCUGGUGGGCAACAAACAGUCAAAGGGCAUGACUCGAUAGAAAUGGGAGUGAGCGAAGAACAAGGUGGGAUCCAUACAGAGGAAGAAGAGAAAAUGUUUCUGACGACAAAGGAGCAAUGGGUGACCCCUAACCACAGAGCUCAGUCUGCACCUAAUCUAGAUGAUCAUUUCAUUUCUAGUACUGCAGUGGAUCCAGUACGACACAGCACCAUUGGACCACAUGCUUUCUUAACAGGUGAAUAUCCAGAUAUUGACUAUCCAAUAGACGAACCCAACACUUUACACCUUCCUGUCCCACCAACAACAUCCAGGACAGGGCAUGAGUUUUUAAGAGUACCAGGAGACAGAGGGAUAUCAACAAAGAGGGACUCAAACUCCCAGUACAUUAACCAGUACACCAUGAGAAAUUCCAGCUACAUCCAGUCUGGAGACAUGGAGACAUUUUCAGAGGCUUGGGGUUUCUCCAAAAAUCUGAAGUCACCAAGGUUACGAAGGAGGAGACCAGUCAGCACCUAUCAGGGCCUGUCUACUCAGAUGUCAAGACAGUUGUUGCAGGACUCAGGACAGGCGUCAAACAACAACUUGUCCUCCAACUCUGACUCUGACUGCAACCUGAAUAUAAAGAGGAACCCUGUUUCCUCUGCCAAGAGCUCAGACUCACAGAGGGUGCUAAAGCUGGGGUCCCUGAGGCCGAAUCAAGGGAUGUUUUGGAACGUGCAUGACAGGGACUCCCCAGACCCCCAAACCUUAUCUGAACCUGAGCUGCUGGAUCUUAACGUCCACAAUGAAAGGCCCAAAAUGAAAACACAGAGGAGUUCCUCCAUCCCUAACAUCAUCAUUCAAGAAGGGCAUAAAUUUUUUCUGCCCUCUAGUAGCCUCUACACGUUGCCCCAAGCUGAGGACACACAUUUUCCCAUCUCAGCACAUAAUCCAAACGGGCACCCCUCACCUCUGGAGGGUCUUUUGGAAAGAGCCAAGGACAGACUGAAGGACCGAGAUGGCUUAAAAAGGGACCGAAAUUUGAAAAUGGCCAAUUUCAGGUCACGAUAUCCUUCUCCUUCUCCUUCCUUCUCCACCACACCUUCACCGUCACCGUCACCCAGUGAUGGAGACAGAGACACGGAGUGGGAAGAGGAGGUGGAGCUGAUGAGACACAGAGCCCUCACGGUGAGCAAAGGAUGGAAGGAGCAGCUGGUGGAUGGAGAUGACGAUGACAAGAGGAACAGUGUUGUCUUUACAAAUGGUGUAAAUGUGGACUGGUCAGGCUGGUGCUUUGAUGAUGAUGAAGUCAUGGAUCAUUUACACCCUGGAAGCGAAGGACUUCUGGAGGGCAUCAGCCGAUCUUUGGCCUUUUGGGAUAUCCAUGGAUUUUCAGAGCAAGAAGACGGGGAGUGUAGUCAGGUGUAGCUCUGAAGGUUCUUGUAGUCACUGACUGGAUCCAAAACUACACUGUCAGUCAACAAUCUGAGAUCACAGACAGUCAGACAGCAUUAAUGUUGUUUAAUUUGGAGGACUUGUUGGAAAAUUCAGACUAUGAAUGUGAACUGCAGAGGGACAAAUUAGGCUUUUUGAUGGAAAGCUAAAGCUUACAAAAGCAGAGAAGAACCUUUGCCAACAGAAUAAACAGACGUCUUUGUACAGAUAUUUUGGGAAGAAGUAGACAGCUGGCUUGUUAAACCACAAAUAUCUUUAAUCUGAAUUUAUAGCCACUGAUCUGUAAUUAUGGAUGAGUGUGUAAAAUGAUGUGUACAUAUUAUAAUACAUAUUAUUAGUGUUUUGUGUUAAUAUAAUGACUUUUUUAAAUGAAAUACUGUAUAUUUUAUUUAUAUGCUAAUCAUUUUU